AUGGAAAGGAAAUUAUCUUUCUCUGGGAGGAAGGAUUACUUAGUCAAUAGUGUGCUCGCUCUUCCUGCUUACAUGAUGUCUCUUUUCCCAAUUCCCGUAAAAGUUGAGAAAAGAGUGGAUGCUUUAAGGAGGAAAUUCAUAUGUCAAGGGAAAAAGGAGAAGAAGGCCUACAAUUUGGUAAAAUGGAGCACUUUGCUAAAAAGCAAGAGGGAUGGAGGUUUGGGAAUCAGAAAUUUGAGACAACAUAACAAGAGUUUACUUAUGAAGUGGCUAUGGAGGUUUUCCCUGGAGGAUCAAGCUUUAUGGAGGAAGGAUUUAUCAGCAAUGUUAGUAUCAAAAGUGGGGAAUGGCAAUAAAACUUCUUUCUGGAAUGAUGAUUGGAUUGGUAAUGGACCUCUUAAAGAGGUUUUUCCAGAUUUGUUCACUAUAGUGCAUCAGCCACAAGCUACUGUGGCUGAGGGCAUCACAGAAGAAGAGGACAGACUUAUAUGGGAAAGAAACCACGAAGGAGUAUAUACUGUAAAGUCAGCAUAUGGAACCCUAAAUAGCUCUGGUCACAUGAACAAUGGGACAUGGCACUGGAAGCACAUCUGGAAGCUUGUGGAUAGGUUCAAUUUACCAAAUGGCUCUAGUGGAUGCUUGAUUUCUGCUCUUAUACCAUCGCAGAUUUAUGAGUGGAUUACCAAGUCCAAGCAUUUUGAUGUAUUGUCUGGAGAUGUUGCAGUCCAACUGGAUUUGGUAUCAAAAGCCCAUGGUGUGAAAGCCGCAGAGAAGUAUUUCGCUAGCAUUCCAGAUAAUUUAAGAACCUACCAGGUAUAUGGCGCUCUCUUGAACGUCUAUGCUGAUGCAAAAUGCUUAAAAAAAGCAGAAGAUACCAUGCAAAAGCUGAAGGAGUUGGGCUAUGCUAACACCGUGGCGUACAAUGUCCUGAUGUCCCUUUAUGCUAAAAUGGGAGAUCUUGAUAAGCUCAACUCACUUAUGCUAGAGAUGGAAGACAAGGGAAUAUUUGGUAACACGAUUACCUACAAUAUCCUCUUAAAUGCAUAUGCAUCUGUUCCAGAUGUUGAGGAGAUGAAGAAGCUUCUGAUGAAAAUGGAAGCUGAUCCACUGGUGACUGAUUGGAGUCCUUAUACAGUUGCUGCCAAGGGAUACCUGAAAGCUGGUGAUAUAGAAAAGGCUUCCGCGGCAUUGAAGUAUUGCGAGCACAAAAUCAGGGGGAAAAGGGCAACGCUUGCUGUUGACAUACUUCUUACUCUCUAUACUAGCAUGGGAAAGAAAGAAGAUGUGUAUCGUGUAUGGGAUAAAUACAAGAGAAGAACUAAGAAUAACAAUUCAAGCUAUCAUUGUAUGAUAAGUGGACUAGAAAAGUUGGGUGAUCUUGAUGGCGCAGAGAAGAUAUUUGCCAUGUGGGAAGCAAACAGGGUACACUUUGACGUGAAUAUUCCAAAUUUGCUGAUAACUGCUUACUGCAAAAAGGGUCAUAUGGAAAAGGCUAUAUCACUCAUAGAUAAACUCUUGGAGAGUGGGAAGCAGCCUAAUGGGAGCACAUGGAAUCGUCUAGCACUCGGUUAUUGUGUACAGAACGAGAUGGAGAAGGCAGUCGAGACGAUGAAGAAAGCAAUCUUGGCUAGUCGGCCAGGGUGGAAACCGCACUUCCAUAGUUUCGCUUCCUGUGUGAAGUACUUGCAAUCAAAAGGAGAUACUCAAAGAGAAAGAGAGCUUAAAGAUUUACUUAGGGUGCGAGGUCUCUUCCCGGAGGAAUUUGAGAGGGGUCUGAAAAAGUAUAUUGAAAUUGGAAAUCGUAUGUCUGAGGCACUUGAUGAAACAAACCUUGAGCUUGCAGCUGAGUACAUGUGUGUCUGUUCUUCUUGACUGGGUUCCUCCAACUUUAAGAUUAGCCCAGAAUUGACGGCCUGGCUACGGUUUAUCUAGACUCAACUAACCUUUUAAAGCCCAAAUAUACGAAUGGAAAAAAGUGAAAAUAGCAUUGGCUAGCUAGUUUUUGGACCGGUAAUCAAAAAAUAGUCAUCAUUUGCAGAGUUAUUGAAAAAUAGCCACUAUUUUAUAUGGAGAUAAAAUUUGGACAAAAACACCCUAGCUGAAACAUCAGUAAGUUCCAGGGAUUAUGUAGCUCCUGUGUAUAAACUUCAAGCACAUUUUGUUGGAACUCCAGCACAUUAUGAAAUUUCAACACAUUAUGCUGGAAUCUC